UGUUCAGUUUAAAAAGUUCGGUAAAUAAAAUAUUACGGUUUGUGGCAAAAUAUUACAGCCAUACAUGUUCUAAAAAAUGUUACAAUUGUUUUCUUAAUUAUAACUUAAAAAAAAGAAAUAUAAAAUGAAUUUUGCCCGUUUAGCAGUGAAAAAAGGCAUUGCCGCCCUUACAAUUGGAAAAUGCCAGCCAGUGGCGGUAGUACACAGAAAUUAUGUUUCACAAAAAAAUAAAGUAAAUCUUAUAAAAUUUCAUUUGGAAUCGAAAUUACAACAUUUAGAGUCAAGAGCGUUGUCUACACCUAAUGUUUUACGUUUGGCUCAUAAAAAUGCCUCACCACAAGCUGCGCCUGCUGCCGCUACUAGUGCAGUAUUAAAUCAAAUCAAUAAGAAGCGCAAAAAACGUACGGAACGCACUGAUUUAGCUGCGUUGGGUUUUUUCAAUGUCACUGCCUUUUCAACUGCCGAGGAGUACGAUCUGGAGCAUUUAUUUAUAGCCCUUAAGGAACAAAGACUAUAUGAAGCCAAGAAAUUUUUUUCCACCGAUAAUUUGGGAGUAGAACAGGAUGUGUUGUAUGUCACGGCCAAGUACCAGGUGGGCGAAGAAGUUAGAGACAUGUUUUUCUUUCGUGAGGGAUCUGUGGUCAUGUGGAACUUCAGUGAUAUUGAGACCAAUAAUGUGUUGUCUUUCCUAAAGCCAUUUGAAAAGGAUUCCUACUUGAAGCCUUUGGUGCGCAGUGAAAGUGAAGUCAUGCCCUACACUUAUAUACCACCUUCGGCCGUAGACAUAGAAGGAGAUUUGGUAUCCUCAGCAGAUAUAGAACCUGCCAGAGCGUUUUUUCAGAAUGGCAAAUUCUUUUUAACAUCGGGAGAGGAUAAUUUCUACAAUAAAUAUACCUUCUCUAAUGCCUUGGCCACUUCCAUUAAACUGGGUAUUUGGGAAGCUACCUUAGAUCGUUAUAUAGAUUCCAUGGCUUUCCUAACGGACGAUAUGAAAAAGGGUAGACGUAUACGAAUCUCCAGAGAAGAAGUUUUACGUAAAACUGGUGAAUUGUUAGCUUUAAGACAUGUUAUCAAUCUGUCUUCCGAUUUAUUGGAUACCCCUGACUUCUAUUGGGAUCGUGAAGAUCUUGAAGCGCUAUAUGUACAAGUCUGCAACUAUUUCUCUAUAUCCCGUCGUACCAAGGUAAUGAAUGAGAAAAUAAAUCAUUGCGUUGAACUGGCUGAAUUAAUAUCGCACAAUUUAAAUGAGGCCCACAAUACCCGUUUAGAGUGGAUGAUCAUUAUUUUGAUUAUGAUUGAAGUGGGUUUCGAAAUUAUACAUUAUAUAGAUCGUUAUUAUGGUAACGAACAUGAGGAUGACCAUAAACCUAAGGUUACAACGUCAACAACUAAUCCUAGCCUACAAUAAGUUUGUAUUUAAAUAUUUUUUUUUAUAUAUUGUUUAUUUUUACAUAAGGAUUUAUGUAUUGAAGAUGUGAGUGAAAUUAAAAAUUUCAUAAGAAAGUGUAUUUAAGAAAAUUAAAAAUGAAAACGAAAUUAGUUUGUUGAAAUCGAAAUGGAUGGACGAAGUAUAACAUAA